AAGGCAAAGGGGAAAAAGCGCUAUCCAUGCGCUUAUGAAGGCUGCGAAAAGACGUUUUCGACGAGCGGCCAUGCAGCCCGGCACCACCGGAUCCACACGGGACAGAAGCCAUUUCAUUGCACGUUCCCGGGCUGCAAGGCCGUCUUCUCAAGGCAGGACAAUUCCUUGCAGCAUUACCGCACCCAC